CUGCUUUUUCAGGACAUCAAGCAUUGCUGCUUCAAUUUGCAGUCCACGCUUUACAAACGCUACAUCAAGUACUACCUCGAAAAUGAGGACGAACAUCUUGACGUUUCACAACUGAAAACCAACUGGAAAAUCGAAAACUCAUGGGUGAGGAAAGGUACUCAGGACGGCGAUAACAAGGCUGAUAUGCUGGAGAUCUGCGUGACGGCCCGACGUCGUUCAACGACGCUUGCCGUCGAGUUGACUCUGCCAGUGCUCAUUUCUGCACUUCUCUUACUUAUAGCCCCAUUCUUCGGGAAAUUCGAUCAACAGAUCAAGGUGAAGAUGUUUGCUUUGCUGCUGCAAUUCAUGAGCUUCCAAUUUAUGGCCGACAAAACGCCUCAACUCGGGUUUGGCUCCACCAUCCCAAAAAUUUAUGUCUUCUAUGCGUUCACGUUGGCCGUUACCGUUAUCAGCCUGAUUAUCACCGUUUUAAUCGCCGCCAUGAGCAGAAUAAAGAGGAAAGUGCCUCCAGCCCAUCGCUUUACACUUCUUGCUUCUGUUCUCAACGCCAAUCUGUGCUGCGGCUCUGAAGAGGAACCAGUGACGGACGGCACUUCUUCCAAGGAUGCCUCAGCGGACUGGCUCCAAAUCCAUGCAGCCACGAACAAUCUCGUCAGCUGUAUCACAAUGAUCGUCUAUGUGAUUGGCGCUAUUGCUAUCGUGUUCUAG